AUGCCCACCUUCUUGAGAGGCGCCGGCGCCAACUUGGACGCAUGCCGUAGAGGAGUGCGAAGAAACCUCAAUCGACUGUACCGUCGCGUCUUGGGACGAGAUGAUUCCCCUCAGCGGGAUGAGGAUGUUCAGCAGAGAGGUCGCGUCGCCAACCCACUCGUCAUCCUCGUCGUGGAAAUUCUCGCGACCGACUUCUCCGUAUCUAAAGCCACGGUUGCUCAACUCGCUUUGGGCUUUGUGUACGGCGUUUCAAUUAGCACCCUCCAUCUGCUGAUGGAUUGCCGAACUCGUUUGAGAACGGUCCUCACACUAGCGGGCGUGGUGCCCGCGGCGGUAUACCUCUUCCCUGGCGGCCCGACGCUGCACGUUGUACCUAUGAUCAUUGUCUCCGCUGCGGCGGGGACUCAGAUGCAACACUGUCUUCAUGUUCGGAAUCGCCAGAGGACCUUCGAUUCGGUCCUGCGACCUCAGAGCUCGGUGGAAUGUCUCUUGGUGGCUUGGUUGAUUGCCGUUGGAGGCAACGCUAAACAAGUCAGCCACUUUAUCCAAGCCGGUGCGGUGCUUUUCUUCGAUGUCCUCUCUUCGUCGAUCGCCACCAGGUCUUUGACGACAUUCUUUCUUCGAGUGGUCUUGGUGACAUUGGCGUUGGCAUCCUUGGUACAGCAAUUCGUGCCUGCCUCUACACCCAAGAAUCUGGGGCGCCGAGGUGAGGUUGCAGGUUCUUCUCAAGGGCAGGAAGGUUGGCCCAGGGCUGAAGUCCUGGCGGUGAUCGGCUUUUUUGUGACCCCGGGCAUAGCCAUGUUCUACAAGGAUGAGGACGAGGAGAACUCUGGGGCAAAUGGCUUUCUUCCUCUUGAGAACAAUGAGCUUCCGGUGUGGGUCAAUAUUGAAGAAGAGCUCCGAGCUGGGGUUGAGCAGUGGAAGGACUGA